AUGACGUUUCGAGGGUUCGCUCUUCUUCAGAGCGAGUUAGUUAGGUUUAGAACUUACGAAAGGUUAGCGCUUUACCCUUCAAAUUCUAAGAGUGACUAGCAUCUAAUUUCUCCUCACCAUGUCAGCCUUGAAUCACACAUGAAGCUUAUGAGAAUAAAGGAAAUGGUUACCAGGGAAGGAACCUUUUGAUUGGCAAACAAAUCCUCCUUGUCAGCACUUUAAGAAAUGUAUGAAGAACAGUGUGGAGAAUAUGCAUACUGAUGUUAGGGUGUAAAGGGUCAAAAUGUCGACCAUCGAUGACAUUCUGUUUUUUCAUGUUCAAAUCACAUAGGAAGCAGGCCACAAUCUUAGAUCUGCGGAGAAUCCUUAAGAAAGAGAUUGGAUCUUUACAAUGUGGCACGACUUUGAUGUCAAAUAUCCUUUUGCGAAAGAGUUACACUACUUGCGUUGCAUUUCAAUUAUGCUUUUGUAACCUUCUCGAGAUUGUUGCUGUUGUAUAUUGCAAAGUGCUCUGUGUUUGUCAGAAAAGUUUUAUCGAAACAGCUCCAAAAAUUAAUCUUGUUCAUUUUCGUUGGCUUAUGGAGGUUUCCAACUCAUGUGAAGUUCGCCUUCCACCAUCUUUUAGAGUUCGCCCCUGAAGUAAAGCAGGUUCGCGCCCUCACCUAGAUCAGUUUUGUGUCGUGGAUGAAAGUAUUGGGGAGAAUAUUCAAGACCGACCAAUUUAGUCCUGGAAUGAUUACAUAUUAGUUUUUCUCCCAUAAACUGGGUGAAAAGGUCUCAACAUAGCUAUACAGGUCAUAUCAUUAUGAUGAUUAUUGUAAACCACUUUCAGAAUUGUUGGUAAAUGUGUUAAUUAGCUUUUUGGAGCAGUUCGCUGAGAUAAACAGCAUGAAUGGGUAUUUUAAUGAAACCUUUAGGGUUUUUAUCAUUAAAAAUAGGGUGAUUGUCCCUUUAACGGACUGAAGUACACAUCUACGAUCAUUUCCCAUGUUAAUGAACUUAAGAGUGUUCUCUUGUAAGCUCCUGGUAAAUUUUUGAUGAAGUUUAACCCGCGUUCUUUACCAAAGAUGUUAACACUUUUAAGUGCAUUUUUAAUUUCUGCUUUUGCGUUGUGGAAGUAAUGGCCUUGAUUAGUCUUCAGUAUGGCGUAGACUCGAGAAGAAGACGAGCUGUAUGUCUGCAGUUAAAAUGUACUUUGCAGAGGCCAUUUUGAAAAACAGAAAUGUUUGCUCUGCUGCCAAUAUGAGGCCUGGUAGGUCAGCAAUAGUGGCAACCAACCAAUAUCAAGGAGGCACGGGUCCAAUUUUUGAGACUGGUUAAUUCAUUAAACUUAGUUACCGACUUAUUUAUCUGCGUUGCCUCAGUUUUUGUCAACGCGCGAAGAUAGGUUCGUGACAAGAAGUGUCGCUAUUGUAAUUUAAUUAAAAAUUUAUCCAGCCUCCGACAAACGAAAGGGAAUGAGAAGAAGUGAGAAACCCUUUUCCCUUCUUUCGUGCAGAACAGAGCAUGUUGCAUUGGAGGUCUUUUUAUUCGUGUAGGGAUAAAUGCAGUAAAAGCAAGACUUACUUUCAUUUCCUAGAAAGACUUUACGUAUAUGAAAUCUAUUUUUACCAACUAUGGCCGGCCUCUGACAGAGACUUUACGGGAAUGGUGCGGUCCUCUCGCAAGAUUCCUCUCAAGAUCGCGGCCAGAUGCGAAGGU